AUGAAUGAAAAUCUCGACAAACAGAUAAUCCGGUUAACUUCUGAAAAGCGCCAACUUUAUUCACUUCUUGAGGAAACGCAAAAAAAACUUGAUGUUUCUCAAAAUGAAAGAUUUGCGGAACGAGAGAAAAUGAACGCCUUAUAUAUAUCACAACAAGAAUUAUUCACAAAAAUGAAAGAGAAUGAGAUUGACGGAAUGAAAAAGAUUGAGAAAUUAACUCAGCACAUAGCAACCCUUCAAAACAAAUAUAUUUUCAACAGUCUGAAGGAAGCACAACCAUCAACAAAACUAUUCAAAACUAUAUUGGAACUUGUUCCCACAGAGAGUCAGACUAUUGUGAAAGACCUUUUAGAUGAAAUGAAAAAACGGAUCGAAGACCCCCUGAUAGUUUUAAUCCAAAAAUUACAAGAGAAAAACCACGCGAAGGGAGAGGCCGACUCAGACUUAUUGGAGGAAGCUGAAAAAACAGUGGAAGAGUUCAAAAAGGAGGCUAUUGAGUGUAUGAACACCAGCAUUGAAAUGAUUCAACAGAAGGAUAAGCAGAUUGACUUGUGUAUGAGUGAGAUACGUUCGAUUCGGGAUGCGGCAAAUGGCAAUUAUGAGAUCCUUAAAUUUGCAGAUCUCUGUUCUCAAAAUCUCAAUCUCAUCGCAACGGUCGAUAAAUUGAAAGGCGAGAUUCACGAGUUGACGGAACGAAUAGCUUGUAUACUUGAAACUCAGAAAGCAAUUGACAGUGAAAAACAAAUAGACACCAAUGAGAAAACUCAAAACAAUGAUCAAUCUGCAGAACGAUGUCAUUUUUUGGAAAGAAAGAUCGAAACUAUGGAAAGACAACUUACGAAGGAGAGACACGAACAUAAAAAACAAAUUGGUGAAAUGACAAAAGAACUCAAUAAACUGCCAGAAGAACUUAAAAAGGAAAAUUCCGAAUUGAGAUUUCAAAAUGAAAGGUUGCGAGCGAUGAAAAUUGACGAGUGCCAGAAAGAAGAGGAACUUAGGGUGAGGGAAUUUAUGCGAAAAAAUGACCAGGACAAGCAACACAUGUCAGGUGAGAACCUACAAAAGUGCUUUAUAUGUGGGAGCUUGGACCACGCUGCGAAGGACUGUUAUUAUAAAAAAGCGGUAGAAACAAAAUGA